ACAGGAUAGCAUCCAUAGAGAGAGUCUGAGUAAUUAACUAGCUUGGUUACUCCCAUAUGGCUAAUUGCAGAGUUCUUGAUGUGUUUUCCUGGAUUCAAAAACUUCCAUCAAUCUCAGAAUGGAAAACAAGUUCCAUCUCCCUCACCCUAUGUUCUGUAAACUCAUCUCAACCAUCACUUAAUCUUACAAUAGCGAAAAAUCAUCAUCCCUCAAAACUCACCCUUUCCAUGGUCGCAGACUUUAAUAUCCCUAUCACUCUUUGGACCUCAAAACCCUUCAAACCUAGCACUAGAACCAUGAAGUUAACAGAUGAAGAAACCAUUUCCAAUCUCCUUGUUAACUUCAUAGAAGAUAUCCUUCAUUAUGGCUCAAACAAGAACAGUCCCUUUAUCAAGUUCCCAAGACUUGAUUCUAUUUCCAACUUCUCAGACAUUUUCAACCUUGCUUUCCUCACUCUCUUGUUCUUAGUUUGCAUAUAUGAAGCCCCUUCAGAUCUCCGUUCUGGUUGUCUUAUUACUAUAAAAAAUCACUUGGCUGGGUGUCAAUCAAGACAAGCAUCAAAAUUGCUGAUGAAACUCUUGGGUUCUAACUUGGAAGAGCAGUGGAUGCGUUCUGUGAACCUUGCAAUUACAAAUUGGAUUGUGGAACUCCAUGAAGCACAUCACAGCACCUUCAGAACACCAUCUCCUCUAUUUUCUUAUGCUUUCUCAACAUUUGGGUUAUGGAAAGUUCAAUUGUAUUGUCCUGUCAUAAACAUGGAUCUUGUCAAUGCGAACAACCAUCCAGCUGAUGAGAGACUUCAAUUCUCUCUCAAAUAUCAACAACUUGAAGGCGUUCUUCAAUUCAAUUACAAAGUCAUAAUCAAAGAGAAGUGGGUCGAAAUCGUGGUGAACAUUGACAACAUAAGGUGUGAUGUUUUCAAACUGGUAGAUGACACUCUUAUGAGAGAACGAGGGGCUGGGGCAGCCGAAAAACAUUUUCCAUCAAGAAUAUCAUUGCAACUUACCCCUACGCUUCAACAUCAAGUGUUGAGCGUAUCUGUUGGGAAAUCCUCAGAGAACCCACGAAUAGAGAUUGGCGUGGAGAAAAGUAUAGAAGCUUCAUUUGAGCCACCAAACCCCUAUUUGGGACUUAACGUUUCAGCUGGAGAGUCCACAACCGUGAGUUUAAAGCCUUGGAAAUUUGAGGAAUCUGUUUAUGGGUACAGUGCGAAUUUGAAUUGGCUUCUUCAUGAUAGCAUGGAUGGCAAGGAAGUGUUCUCGUCAAAGCCUUCAAAGGUUGCAUUGUUUAACCCAAAGUCAUGGUUUAGGGAUAGGUACUCUAGUGCUUAUCGACCUUUUACUAGGCAAGGAGGGGUUAUUUUUGCACGUGAUGAAUAUGGAGAAAGUGUGUGUUGGAAAGUAGAUAAAGGCGCUAUGGGGAAGACAAUGGAGUGGGAGAUAAGUGGUUGGAUGUGGUUAACAUAUUGGCCUAACAAGUACAAGACAUUCUACCAUGAAACUAGGAGGCUCGAGUUCAGGGAAACAGUCCACCUCAAAAUUGCUUAGCUUAAGGGUGACGCGAAUUAGUAUCAGCUCUUAUUUGGACGAUAAAAAUGAAUCUAUCUUGAAAAGUGAUCGUAAUUGUAAAGAAAAUAAUAAUGGAAUGAAAUAAAUGGUUUGUUUUAUU